AUGAGUGGAUUUGUAAAGCCAGGUGAGGUAUUAGCAAUUAUGGGACCAUCUGGAGCUGGAAAAACCUCACUCCUCAACAUUCUCUCUCAAAGAGUUAAAGCUUCUGGAGGUGAAAUUUUAGCCAAUGGACAACAUGUUGGAAAGGCAUUCAAAAGCAUUAGUGCAUUCGUUCAACAGGAUGAUGUACUUUUAGGUAAUUUAACUGUGAGAGAAACUUUGAGAUAUACAGCAAUGCUUCGUUUAGGCAACGUUUCAAUGAAGGAGAGAAUGAAAAGAGUUGACAGUUUAAUCCAAGAACUUGGUCUUUCUCGAGUUGCUGAUACUCUGCCAACAACAGGCCUCGAUGCAAAAACAAGUUUAAGUGUGAUUAAUACCAUUAACAAACUAGCCCAGAAUGGUAGAACAGUCGUAUUGACUAUUCAUCAACCUAGAUCAGAUAUUUUCCAAUCAUUUGAUAGAUUGCUCCUAUUAGCAAGAGGAAAAAUUGCUUAUUUUGGUAAUGCUAAAAGUGUCAUACCAUACUUUUUAAAGCUUGGAUAUGAUUGUCCAGAAGCAUUCAACCCAGCUGACUUUUUUAUGGAUCUUGUAACAGAAAAUCCUGCUCUAGUAGAAGAGGGAAAAACAACAAAAGUAGAACAAAAUCAAAGAAUUGAAACAAUACUUUCAAACUAUUCUGAAAACUUUGAAGAGUUGGCCUCUGCAAAAAGAGAUGGGGUCAAUAUGGAACACUUGACAAGAAAAAACAAGUAUACAUCGGGUUGGUUUUCUCAAUUUUUUGUGGUUUUGAUGAGAUCUUUUCUCAAUACCAUAAGAAAUAAGGCUGUUACAAUGGCUAGAUUAUUUCAGCAGGUUUCAACUGCUUUCUUACUUGGCUUAAUUUAUUUGAGGCUGAAAAAUGAUCAGACUGGUGUUCAAGAUAGGCUUGGUGUAUUAUUCUUUUCUGUUUCCAAUAUGUUUUUUGGAAGUUUAUCGAGCUCCCUAAAUGUAUUACUUGGAGACAAGCCUGUGUUUAAUAGAGAGAGAGGUGCUAAACUGUAUAGAGUUAGUAGUUGGUAUGUUGCAAAGGUUAUUGCAGACAUCCCAAGUGUACUGUUUUUCCCUCUUCUUUUUGGUUGCAUCUUAUAUUUUUGGAUAGGGCUUAAUGGAAGUAUUGAUAGAUUCUUAAUGUUUCUAUUGAUUCAAGCGAUUUUAGGCUUGACCGGGCAAGGUCUCGGUAUUGCUAUAGCGAGCAUUUCACCAAACGCUUCUGUGGCAUUUUCAAUUAUGCCAGUAAUCAGUACCAUUUUAAUGUUAUUUGGAGGGUUCUACUUGAAUUUAGACAAUGUACCAGUGUACUUUGUUUGGAUUUACUGGUAA